AUGUCUGAAACUCAAUUCACACAAAUUCGAAUGCGUCGCUUGAAGAAUGAAUUGGAACUUGAAGCUUGGUUUGAUUUCAUUCAUAACAUAUUUAAAGAAAAAACAACUCGACAAUAUUUUGUAAAUCAUCAUUGGAAUGAUCCGUACUCGGAUUUGAGCUCAAUUUUGGUGGCAACCAUUCCGAAGAUGUCCAUCAACAUUACCUCUCCGACAAGCUCACUCGAUUCGGAGGAAAUUGUUGCAACUGUAAAAAUUUUCCAUCGAAAAAUUCAAAUUAAUAAUAUUUCAAAAAAUAAUUCAAUGAUUAGUGAAUGUCAAUGUGAAGGAAUUGGAGAAGUUGGAACACGAGUUGAUAUGAGAAGAAAAGGUAUUUCACAUUCACUUCUUACCCUUGUCAUUCAACAAAUGAAAAAUAAUUUAUUGAGUAAUGCUGAAUUUGUGAUUUCAAGUUUGCAUGCUGCUCCGUCUGUGUGCGAAGUAUAUAGGAAAGUUGGAUGGCAAAGCAUUCCUAUGUAUCACUCUACAAUACAUUUAAGUGUUUCUUGUUUCAUGAACGAUAGUAAUGAAUCUCACAAGAAAUUCUUGGAAUCGAUUGCCAUUGACAAACUCGAUUUUUCUUCCCAGGAAGAAAUCCAAGAAGUGAUGCAAUUAUAUUCUAAAUUUUGUAAAACAUAUCAAUUUCAUGGUUGUGAAGUGAGAGGCGAAAACACAGAAUAUUGGUCUAAAUGGGUAGAUCACGAAUCCACAACUCAUCAAUGCUCAGCAUUAGCUCUCUAUUCAAAUUCUAAUAUCACAGCUUAUUUAAUUAUUGGUCCAGAUUUAAGCGUUUCAAACUCUGAUAAACACGCUCUAAAAGUUAAAGAGUUUGUGUGCAAUUCAGAUUUCAAUUCUGAGAAAUGUUGGCUCGCUUUUUCGACCCUUCUUACCCACUAUUUGCUGUCAUCACUGACAUCAGAACAGAAAUUGCAAACAUCAAUCACUCUCCCACAUGCACUCCUUUUACAAGUAUUCAAAGAAUUGUAUGAAAGAAAAGAGAGUUCUACAGCAACUAUCACCAUGGAUCUCAAGUUCCAAAUCAUCAUUGAUGGCAUUAAGGAAAAAUCUGUGACAGAUAUUGGAUACAUGUACAGAAUGAUACAACCUGAAGAUAACCACUUGUUAAACCAAUUGAUACACGAAGACAAGCACUUGGUUUGGAAAACAGAUGGUUUUUAA